AUGGCACAACCGGGCUCCUCAGGCUCGAUGCCGGCAGUUCUUCAAAAGUUCUUAGUAACAAGCAAGACUGUGGUCGUCACCGGUGGUGCGAGAGGACUUGGCUUCGAAUUUGCCAAAGGUCUGGCUCAGGCUGGGGCCAAUAUUGCGGCUAUUGACAGAGAUGAUAUUGCUCCUCCAUACUUUGACCAGCUAUCACAAGCUGGUGGCCGACAUAAAUACUAUAAAUCCGACGUCACAGACUACAAGGGCUUGAAGGCUACAAUUAAUCAAAUCAGUCAGGACUUUGGGUCUAUUAACGGAUGUAUCCCGGCCGCAGGGAUUAUCAGGGACAGGCCCUUCCUCCAGCAUUCCACCCAAGAUCUCGAGGAUACAAUGGACGUUAAUGUAAAUGGUGUCUUCUAUACAAUGCAACUGUGCUGCGCCAAAAUGGUCGAGCAGGGACAGGGAGGCAGCAUCGUCUGUAUUGCGUCUACUGCAGGGCACAGGUCGCUCUUCCCCCAGACCAUUACUGCAUACACCGCAUCGAAGUACGCUGUCCGUGGCCUUGUCAAACAAGUAGCGGCCGAGAUGGCUCAACACAAGAUUCGCGUCAACUCGAUCAGUCCAGGUGUCAUCAAAACAGACAUGUUAGAGUCAGUCAUGCAGGCGGAGCCUACCAGAAGAGCACUUUUCGAAGGAAGCAACGUGAUGGGGCGCCUGGGUACUGCUGAUGAACUGGUUGGUAUGGUUCUGUGCCUGAUGAGUGAUGCCAGCCCCUUCACGACCGGCCAGGAUUUCCUAGUCGAUGGUGGACAAAUCUGA